CCAUUCGUUGAGUGAUGUAAGGCGAGUGAUGGCGUGAUUACGAGACUCUGCCGAGCCGAGAUAGUGCGAUGUUUGCCGAGCGAGCGAGCGAACGAGCUAUCUAGCUGGCGCUGGCUGCAGUGCGGUGGCAGUCCUCUAUGCAACUAGUGAACGGCGGCUACGAAACAACCUCCUUCCUUCUUCCUUCCACCACCACUGCUCAGUACUAACGGCACGCGGUGUAAGCAAUGGCGAUCGGGCAUUGCGCAGCUGUCUACGGAAUUGGAGCCACACAACUACGUAUAUUCAAAUAGGAAACAGCCAUGUAGAGAUAAUUUAUUCCAUUGGCGUAAAUUGUCAGGACAGUGGUACUUUCGGUAGUGAGAACCUGCAAUUAUGUUUUAAGUAAACAAAAUAUUGUGUACUCUAAUUACUGUUUGUCUCGUAGCAUUUUAUAUUCUUCGACUCUUUAAGUGUCAUUUACAUAGUCUGAAUGUUUUGUGUGUUAAUACGGAUUUUGUGGUGAAGUGAGAUUAAUAUUAACCACAUUAUGUGUGUACAACGAUAGUAUUUAAAGCGUUGUAAACAAGUUCGUCACACUGCUUCUGUUUGGUGUGAUCAUUUUUCAAAAGACCCUUGUAUCAGUGCGCCAUUUAAACAUUCUUGUUGAGUGGACUGAAUUGGGUGCAUACAGAGAAACUAAACACGACAUUAGUGUUUGUCAUUGAUAUAAUGCUUAAAACAAUAACGUUUAUUGAAGGAAAGUGAUAAGGACCUGAUUUAGCAGUGUGGGAAUUUGAUUUCAUUUGACCGAUUGGAUACAGUUGCUAAAGGACCAAACAUCAUAACCUGGUCGCAGAUACGGAACAACUAUUCACUCAUCUCCUUCAUCAGGUUAAGAGAGCCUGUGGUCCUCCGUCCAGCUUCUCACAAUGAGACGUGUGAGAAUCGGGAACCAGAACCUACAUGUGACAAACGAGAGUAGGCCGUGAUGUGACGCGAUGACGAGGACCACGUGGCUGAUUUUCAUUGGCUGCGUCCUACUCCAGGUCCACUGCGCCGUCAGACAAGUCCUCAAGACGCAUAGUGGCGACCCUUUCGAUUCCCUACCAAAAAACUUUUGGUACGAACUUUCGUCCCCUUUCACUGAGUCAUAUGACGAUCUGACCGAGCCGGAGCCAAAUACAACGCCGGAUCCUUUGCCGUUCUUCGAAGACCAUUCUAAUUCGACGAAUGUAACGACGCAGUUGGGGAGUUCCGUGUUCCUACACUGCAAAGUGCACGACCUGAGGGACAGAACGGUGUCCUGGGUUCGACGGAAGGACAACGAGUUUCAUCUCCUCACGUUCGGUCUGCACACUUAUUCGAGCGAUUCGCGUUAUUCUCUGAACUACCUGCAUCCAAAUGACUGGCGCCUCCACAUCCAGUUCGCCAACGAACGUGAUGAGGGAUUCUACGAGUGCCAGGUGUCUUCUCACCCGCCGCUCGUGUUCUACGUCCUGCUCAACGUCGUUGGUAAUACCAGUGGAGUCUCCGCUUCUGAUUAUCCGUCUAUAACGUACGCCCGCGUAAAAUUUCCCAAGGUAGAGAUCGUGGACGAGCGAGGGGACGCGAUCCCCGACAAGUUCUACAAGGCAGGAAGCACAAUUGAGCUCAAGUGUGUCGUCAGCCAAGUGCCCCAGCCGUCCAGCUACGUCACGUGGAAGCACGGACAACGGAUGCUGAACUACGACACUUCACGCGGUGGUAUCAGCGUUAAGACGGACAUUCAACCUGGUGGAGCCAUGAGCCGUCUGUACAUUGCCAACGCCAAUAAACAGGACUCUGGUAAUUACACCUGCUCCCUGGCGGACGUGGCCUCAACCACAAUUGCCGUACACGUCCUCAAUGGAGAAAAUCCGGCUGCUAUGCAACAUGGAGGCUGUGGAAAGUGGGCAAGAGGCCUUGGUCGAUGGGCAUUGCUUCAGCUUGGUUUCACGUGGAUUCUUCAAACUUUCAUGCUUCACAGGUGACAAGAACUCUAGUGGGCGUUCUUCAUGGUUUAAAAGUAGCAUUCGACACUUGUGAUCAUAUUUCUAACUGUGACGUUAAUCGAAAUAUUUCAAGAGGUGUGCGCAUUGUUGUCAUAACCACAGGGUACCAACGUAUAAGGACUAUAUUGGGAUGUCUUCAGUCACAUAAGACCACUGCCACGUCUCCUAUUCAGACGCAAGGCCUAUCGUUGAAGAAGGUCUAUAGAUGAUACUUAUCAGUUGUCAGUGGUGAAAAACCCUUUGUUCCGAAUACAAAAUAUAUUUCAUAAAAACGGCCUAUUUCUUACAGAAUCGUGAGGAGCAUAACAGGUACAUAUUUAAGGCCGAGAUAGUGGAAAUAUUCUUGACACACGUUCUUAAUGACGUAAGGAAAUUUGUUCA